UCAACAAUCUCUUUCUUCUAAAAUGAGUGCUGAGACAAUUCCUCUUGGUCAACUCUUGUCUCAAUAUCAAAAUGAAUUCUCGGCACGUUACUUCCAAACGAGAGACAAACUUCAUGCCCGUUCUCGUAAAUUCAAACAGACUGUGUUCGAAAAUAGUGUACUGUUGAAGGCAGCGGAGAGUAAUCCAGAAACUCGUUCAGCGAUUGGCGUUGUUCAGCCUGUCAAAGAUAUGACGAGCAUUUGUGUGGCAGACUUGUUUCUUGUGCAAUCCUUUUCUUGGCUGACAAUUGUCAUGUUUGCUUAUUGGAUCUCCUUUCAAUGCCUUUCUGGACUUCUACGACCUUUCAUCAAUAUCUUCAGCACUUCUGGGCAAGUUGCGCUCUUGGCUUGCUUGGGACCAAUUGUCACAUAUGGGAAAAUUAAGACGGGAAUUGAUUUGGAAAAUCGUUUUGUUUUGCUCUAUUAUGCUAUUGCCGAGGGAAUUAUGAUGGGGCAUUUGUUUCCAGAUUUGUACCUCAACAUGCCUUUGCCCUUCAUACUACCAGCAUCAAUUACCAUUGUAUCUUAUUCUUUCUCGCCUCGUGUGAGUACCCCUCGUCAUGUGUUUCUGUCAAUUUCGGUCGGAAUCGGUCUGGUUAUGAAUAUCUUGAUUGGAUGUAUGGUAUACCACGAAGGGAUUAAAAUUGUCUUUUUGUUGGCGUUAAUACUUGAUUCGUUGGGCACUUUGUUAUUCCUUCAAUAUUAUAUCAAUCAUUGUUUGAACGACCAGUUGGUGGCUUUGUAUUUCGAUUUGUUCUGUUGUGUGUUCAAAUACAUUGGAAUUCAUAUUCCUCUUCUAAUGGUGUUUGGAUAUAGAGAGAAUUCUUCGUUCAUUUGA